AUGUGGUCGUCUUCUACGACCGAAGACGAAGAUGGUGUUGGCAACGGCGUCAGUUGUCCAAGAGAUGUCGAUGUAGAAGACCAUUUUGAACCAUCACUAUUCGCCGAAUGUGAUACACCGUCGUCGCCUCUGUGGUCCGAUGACGUACACUCGGUUUUCUUGGCCGCCAAUUUGUUGAUGUUCUAUCUGAACCUGGCUAGGCUGCAGUCGUCUAUGACAAUCAACGACACGCAUCCGCUGCCAGUUACUGUCAUCGACCGUGGCGAAGAUAACGAGUGAGUUUUUUUUCUUCUUUUACCGCGUCACAAUAGAUACGUAUAGAUACGCAGGUUGUCGUUCGCGUUGUGUCCUCAUAGUCCUCAUUGGUGUUAUGGUAAUAUUAUUAUCGGAUCCAUAUAUUAUAGUUAAAGGAAGUGACAAUAGGGGGAACGAUUAAUAGUUCAUGUGAUACGACUUUAGUAGAUUUUAAAACGCCGGACAGACCGUGCAGUUCGGUAUUGUAUCGUAAUGUUUCAGAAAAAUUGCUACCACUCGGAAAAUACCGCUUCAAAAACAAUAACAAUUAUUAUACUCGAAAGUCAAUGAAAUGUGAUGUUAUCAAUACUCCUCAGACCACAGUUGUGCACCAUUAUAUCGCAGGAGUACUGGCCAAGAUGCAAUUUCUAUUAUUAUCUAUUUCAUUUACCCUUAUUAAAUUUCUUUUGACAUUUGUCGUAAUUAUAUUUUAUUAUAUUGUUGGGCGUUGUUAUUUCGAUACAAUAUUAUCGCGAUGGACAAUUACUGUGAAAUUGUGGUUACGAGUCCAUUAAAGUAAACAAAGAGAGAUGCACGGAGCUCCAUUUCGUCUCCUUCCGUGCAUCUUUGUGUUGUACAGAUUUUCCGCGGAUCGCCAUGACAAUCAAAAUUAACGUUUACUAUUCUAUAUAUAGAUGACGCAAGUAUACUAUUCUUACGCAAUGUCCUUCAAACUAUUCAAUUCGAUUCGACGUAGGUAUGUCUGCAUUGUCUGCAGACGUUAUAUUAAUUAGAUACCCACUCUAUGGUCUCUAAAUUGCUCCCACUAUAUAUUCAAUUCACAGAAUGAACUUGUAAUCACUAUAAUAUAGUAGUAUUCUUAGAUUUCAAUAUUCCCAUGAUAGAAAAUAUGCAUCGUUUAUAAAUUAUAUCGUGCACCUACAAUAUUUUGCUUAAUAUGUAACCCAUCAGGCGAAGUCGGCGACUAUAUUAUAAAAUACACUCACAGUCAAUUGAAAAAAAUCUAUAUAAUGAACAAGCUCAGAUUAACGCAAGUGCAGACGCUGUACGUGCACUUGACCCUCAAAAUGUACAGGUCUCACAGGGUCCACGGCAUUGUUGUCCAUGCCUCCAUUUCAUUCAUUGCAGUUCAUUGAUAGAAAUAAUAGAAUAUACGUUUUCACAAAUGAUACCAAUUUUUCAUAAAAUUUGUCACGUUUUAAUGCAUAGUGAUUAAUUUAAACAAAUUCAGUCAUAUUUUUUUAUAUAAAUAUUAAUCAAUAGUUAAAAUUAUGUACAAAAAUAUUUAUUUUUUUUAAUAAAGGAUGGUAAAAUUAGUUGUCAAUUGACCUAAGAAUCAAGUUUAAUUGCUAUUGUGUUAGGUAAAGUUAUUGAACUAUUUGUCUUAACAAUAUAAGUACUUUCUAAAAUAGGAGGGUACUAGUAAUAAAGUAAAUUAUAUAAAUAUUUUAUCAUUAUUAUGUAAAAAAAAAAAAAAAAACCACCUUUAUGGUAAUACGAUUACUUAUAAUACACGAAAAUUGAAUAUAUUAUGAUUGCAGAAUAGUUUAAAUUAUCUUGCAGUUUUAUUUAAGCUCAUUAUUUAUUACUUUAUAAGGUACCUAAUGCUGAUAGAUAAAUGUAAAUACAUAAUUAUCUACUAAAACAUUUUUAUAUGAUUUCUAUUUAAUAUAAUAAUGAAACAGUGUUGUGUAAGUAUAGUAUUUGACAAUUAUAUGGAAUAAAAUUACAAAUAAUUUUGUGCUAUUUCUAUUUUUAUUAUAAACAUUAAACAAGUAUUAUAUUUAAAAAUGCAUCUAAGAAUCAAUAUUUCUGUGAAGAAUAGCUGAGUCAUACAAUAAAACUAUAUAUAAUUAGCAGUAAGAUAUUCAGUGAACUAAAUGUUAUAUUAUUUGAAAAGGGGAAGAAAGCAUUAUUUUCAUAAUACUCUAAAAUAACACAGAAUAAGGCCCUGUCUCGGAUUGAACAUUUGGCCCUCAUUUUAAUUAAUCAAGCCUAGGAUCUAUAUAUUUUCUACUAAACUGCGAACUGAAGUCGUUUCUAUAUUCAGGGACGGAUUGGAACUUUAGACAGGUUCGGGAAAAUGUAUAAUAUGCAGCGGCCUUCCAUCAGGCCCAUAUUUUAGGGGGGCAAGAGUACUUUUUUGCUGAAAAUUUGUUUUUUCCAUUAAGGAGUGGUCAAUUUUUAUUGACAUAUAUAGUGGAAUUGUUUGUAUAAUAUUGUUCCUUAAAAAAACGAAAACCGAAAUAACCUAUGUGGUGGUUAUUAUUUUUUAUACAUUUUACUGUUUAGAGUUAAUAGAAGUUGAUUUUAUGAUUAUUUAUAGUAGUUAUUAUUCAGUUUUUAAUAUGUAAUUAUUGUUAUACUAACUGUGUCGCAUGGCUUUGCCCAUGUCUAUAUUAAACGAAAAAACAAAUGUAAAAACACAAAAAUAUCUUUUUCCGUGACUUCCUGUUUCCAUCUUCGCCCUAUUACUCACACCAUUGUCAUCCUUAAAUAUUAAAAAAACAUAUUUUACUUUUCGUUCUUUAGGUGUUAAAGUUUGAUUAAAUCCUUUUUCACCGAUUGCCUCUCUAGGCCCGCUUAUUUGCGCCUAUGUCUAUGCUACAAAUCCUCUCCGAGUUUCAAGGAAAAUGCGUGCAAAAUUUAAUGUCAAUUAGUUCGGUAGUUUUUGAAUCUAUUAAUCACGAACGAACAUUCCUUUAUGUAUAUUAGAUUGUCUAUUGCCAUCGUGCUUUGUGACGUUUUUAUUUUUUUUUAUGAAAAAUGGUCCAAUCCGUCCCUGGUUAUAUUUUUCAUUUUGGGUUACCUGAAUCGAAAUCAAUGUCAAAUUAUUUCUAUUUUUUUUUUUUUUUAUAAGGUUCGUGAUUUAGUAUGUUAUCAAUUACUAGUAUUAAAGACCACUAUUUCAUCGGGAUGCAUGACCAACGUAACAUGGUCAUCAACAACUAAUCUUCGUGUUCCCAAUAAUAGAUCGAAAACUAAAUCGUGCAAAACCAAUUCAAAAGAUUAUAUACAUAUAAACAUAAAUCCUAUAUCUAUUAUAUAUAUGUAUCUUAAUUCGUUUCUAUUCCGAAUAUAUUAUAAUACAUUUUAUUGAGAUCAAUUAUUUAAAAUCAUUUCUGCCUAUCUAAUUUUAUACUUUAUUGCGCAUAUAUGAAAUGAGCUCUAUUUACCUACUUAACAUUUUUACCAACUAAAUCCGCACGUUGUACUUAUAAUAGAAGUAUAGUUCGUUUGUUGGUAUUAAAUUAUUACUACAAUAGUAAAUCAAAAAUAUCACUCUCAACGGCUCAAACAUCUUUAUUUUUUUCAUUAUUUUUGGAAAGAAUAGAAACGUGGCAAUUUGUAAUUUCCGAGAAACUUAAUUGAACCAAUCUGUAGUUUUAAAUUGUUAUUGGUAUCAAUGUACGUAAAAUAUCUAAAUGCCUAGAUUUACGACGAGUAGAAGUCAGCCAAUGGUUAAUUUAUUAUUUAUGACUAAUAAUUAUGAUUUUACAUGCAAGUUUCAUCAAUCAAGCUCUCGUCAGCCAUAACAUUCGUGGUACGCCCAAUCCAGUUAGUUUCAAUAUUAUUUUAAUUUAUCAAGUCAAUAGUUUCAUAUUGUGUAGUAGGUAUGUAAUAUCUUUGAUCGGUAUAAAUAUCAUUUGUAUUAAAACGAGUUACUGGAUAGUCGAUAGAUAUCGUAAACCGGAUCCGGAUACAUCACACACACACACACUUUUGUGGUACACCUGCGAUGACGUUAUUCAUUCAUUUUAUUGGUUUCACGAACGAUACGAGUAAUGUAACUUAAGACAGAAAUUACACUGGUGCGUUGUGCACGGGGUUCCCUAUGGGUGCUCACAUAUUAAUAUGAAUUGAGUACGUAUGUAACGUACACAUUUAUUUAAUUUUAUACCUACAUACGCAAAUGCAGACCUAUUUGUGUGAGCAUUGCGAAAAAUAUGUGAAAUACCAUAUGUUCAAAAAAGUUGAAAUAUGUGUAGCUAUUAAAUGUAUAUCAUACAGUUUUUGAUAUAAUGUGACUUAUAAACUUUAAAAACUAAAAUAUAUUAAGUACCUGUAAUGUAUGUAAAAUGUUAUAAAUAUAAAAAAUAUUCCCGAACACGCUCAAAAAGUAUUAUUGUUAUUAUUAUUAUUAUUAUUAUUUUUAAUUAUUUGUUUUUAAUGUGAAAUCUGUGUAGGUUGUGAUAUAGUGAUAUUGCGAUAUUUUAUUAUUUUAAGUAUACUUAAUGCAUUUAAUAUCGUUAAAACCGAGAUUAAAACAUUAAGGACGGAUAGGUUUUAGUUCAAUAAAACGUCAGUCACAUUAGUAUUAUGUUCGAUAAGAAUAAGAAGCAGUAAGAGUGGACAUUGUGGGAAAUUACAUAAAAUUCGAUUUGAAUCAACGGUGUACUUUGUCAUAGAGGGAGAUAUUGGGUUUAGAAAUUAUUGUGCUAAGUAAAAGAUCAGUUUUUAAUUUUAAUAUAUAUAUUUUCUAAAUAAUCUAUAAUUCAAUCCAUCCAGUUCGAUUAUAUUUCAUUUUUAGGAAGAAAAUUUAAAUUUAUAAUUAAGUUCAAGUUUCUUUGAUACCGACACGGUAACACAUUUUCGAUAUUUCCGACUAAAAUUUAAAGAAAUUUGAAAAUAAAUAAUUAGUUAUUUAAAUAAUAUAUAUAUAUAUAUACUAAAAAGUAAUCAAAGGGAUAUAAUUUUCCCCCUGAAAUACGUCACUGAUUUGAGUACAUAAACAUAAUAUAGACACCGGAAUGAUAUUAUUUUACUUAAGGUUACUUUAAACACUUUGGUUAUAUAUUCAAGUGUGUGUAAAAUACACAACACGUUUUAGUUGGUAUACAUUUUUUGCGUAUUAUUCCUAAUUGUUUGAAUUUAAUAGUAUAUUCUAUAAUAAAAUGUGUGUAGGUACAUAACUUUAUAGUUUAAUACUCGAACCAGUAUUAAACUACGUAGGUAUAAAGAGAUAAUGAGAUUGUAUUAUAAUUAAUUUUAUAAUUCGGGUGAAAAUUACAAAAAACCAGUUGUUUUUUUUUUUUUUUAUUAAAAACAUGUUUCAAUCAAUAUCAAAAUAUUAAUAACUUUAUAGUUUUAAAUAUCAUAUAUUUAGUUGAAAUAUAAACGAAUCUCCACGGGAGAAAUAUUAAAAUAAUUUUUUUUACGAUUUGAGGUUGAAAAUGUAUAUUACCUAUCGUUACGCAUAAAAACCCACACACAUGUGUAUAUAAGGAGAUGUCCAUGAAUAAAUAAUAAUAUAAUAUUUCCCACUCAAAGUCGCUGGUAAAGUUUACACAUAUUUUCCAAUAAUAAUAUUGGGUAAUAAUAUUACUGGGUACGUUGAGUUACUAAGUAAUACUCAUGAAUCAACGAAAAUGUCUAACUAACCAACUAUAGGUGUAAGAGUGACCAUGACAAGACCAUUUUAUAUAGUAUAUAGAUUUUAUAUAGAGUACAUUGUAAUUAGUAUAUAGAUUUUAUAUAGAUUACAAAAUACAAUGUUUCGGUUUUUAGAUAAUUUUUUUUGACGGUUGUUAGUCCGUCUGUAAUCACUUUUCCCAUUAGUUUCAGAACCAAAGUACCCCUGCAGAGAUUCUUUAUUCAAAUUUAGAAAAAUUGACGGACCCUGAUUUUUAAAUUUCAAUUUUUUACUGGCGUUCACGUCAGAAUUUCGGGAUUUUUUUUUUUGUUAUCGAUUUAUGAUAUUCUUAUUGGUUACUGUGUAACAAAAAAUCACUAGAGAUGUUCAACAUCGACGCUGAUUUAUCUACUAUAUCAAUAUUUUGUUUUGUAUAUUAAAUAAAUUGUAAUACUAUGCCUGACUGUGGAUGUUAGAGGACAUUUUUUAUGGAGGUUUUUCCAAGUGAAUACACAGUGAAGUCUAUUGGAUAUUCAGUGGAGUACGAAUUUAUUUACUGGGUUAUUGAAUUAUUGAAUUAGUAGAAUUUUUAAUAAAGUAUUAUAUUUUAUAUAGUAAAUAUUUUCACUGAUGUGCUAUGGGUAACUGAGGAAAGUGCAAAAGUUGGGGAGAAGGUUUGAUCUGUCUGAUCGCGGAGAUUUUUUAAGGGCGGAGAGUAGAGGAUGGAAGGAGAUGGGUAAACACCUAGUGGAUAUUCAUUAACAAUUGCCCUGAGAUAUUGGAUAGAAUUAAGCUAAUCAAUAUGAAAACCGGAAUUACCUUUGUAAAAUAACAUAGCUCUCUAUUCAUCGAUUAUAAUAUUAAUUAUUAACAAUUUUCGCAUUAUGUUUGGAUAAACUUUCGAACUUCCUUUUAACUAGGUAUAUCUAAAUAACUUCCCGUUCAUUUGCAACAUAUUAUAUAAUCAAUACGAAAUCAACUUAGGAUAUAACUUCAUUUUAUAUAGGCAAAUGUAUUUAUUAUUUUAAAAUUAUAUUACUGUCUAUUAAAUCAAAAAUAUGUUGAUUAAUAAUUUAUUUAUUAUAUUUUCCUUCUUGCAAUAUUUUAGAAUUGAAUUUUACUUUAUUUGUGAUUAUUAAUCAUAUAUCUACACAACAAAAGUAUUUGAUUUAAAUUUUUCUUUAUGACAUUUCACCUUGGAGUAGGGGUGUAGGGCGUUUUAAAUAAUAUUUAAUUCAUAACAUUAGGCUCACGCCCAUUAAUGCAUUUUAUAGCUGAAAAACAAAUGCAAGUAUGAAAAUAACAACACAAAUAUAAAUAUAAAAUAUAUUGCAUACCUACUAUAAUAUUUAUUGUAAAAUUAAGGACUUUAUUAUAUCAAUUUGUGUCCGUUGUGUACAACAGGUACCUUUUUCACUAUAUAAGUACAACAAUAAUAUUCUUAUAUUUUAUUUAAAUAUUUUACUAACCGUAUAUUUAAUUGUUAUUUUACCUUUUAUCAAAUUAUUAAAACUGAUUUUGUAUUGCUUGUAUUUUUUUUCAUGUUGGUAGAUAUACCUCUUAAAUCAUUGAAAACCGCAGUCGUCGUUAUUUUAAUACAACAAAUAUGUAUAAAAUUGAUUUGAUUGAAACAAAAACCAACUGAAAUGGUCGUCAAUGUAUAGGAAAACUGUCGACUUUCGAGUUACAUAAAAAUCAUCAUAAACAUAUUUGACACAAAUAUUUUAAUACGUAAUAAAGUUACAUAUAAUACGAGUAAUAUAUUGUCAAAGACUACAGAGAAUAUUAGACAAAUAUUUCGAGGGUAAUAAUAUCUUCCAUAUUUAAAAGAAAUGAGAUAUUUCUCAAACUAAAUUUGGCAGUAACUCGAUUCGAUAAUAACAAUAUUUCAUUCGUAUUUGCGCGCACAUCGUUAUAAUAUAGUAUAGAAUAUACAAAUUGCGUUUCAGCAUCAGCCCGCCAGUGGCAGCGAACGUUACUACUGCGACGGCGAAACGGCGCUUGAGCGGAGAACGGUUGCCCGGGGAACCGGGGCCGUCAACAGACGGCGAGCGAUCGAGGACGGCGGACGCGACAACCACCACACAGGGACACCACUAUCGCAGCAACAGUCGUCCGUCACCGCAGCCUACUCAGGAGCUUGCACGGCAGCAGCAACAGGCCGCCACCACUAGCACCGGGGUGACAGACGACACGAUGAUAACCGUGGCCGCGUCCGGCUCCAGGGCGCCGAAACCCAAACCGCUGCUGCGGCUGGUGCCUCCGUCGUUGAUUACGUUGUUCCCGGUGGAUGUCACCGACAGGCUACGGUCGUCGGACGUGUCGUCGCACAGACCCAGACAGUACGGCCGCCGGAGGAGCGUCCAAGAAGCCGUCAACUCGGCGGUAGCGCUGCAACAGCGACAGCAGCAGUCACAAUCGCUGGCCGCCAUCGCCAACACUGCCGCCGUCGCAACCGAAUCGGAUAUGGGGCUGACGGCGGCGUCUGGUACCGCCGCGGCCGCCGUUGAUGACCCAUUACAAGAACAGGAGCCGCCGUCGAGACUAGUCGCAACGCUCAGGUUUGUGCAUACCAGUCGGUUUUUAUUUAUAUUAUUAUCGCUACUAGAACAAUAGUUCCCUUCCCAGGCCCGGAUUAAGAGAGGGUUCGUGGGAGAGGCUGUAGUGCCACGUCGCAAAGUAAAGAGAGCCACAAUUUGUUAUCUUUUUUGAUAUUUUUUAGAUUCCGAGUGUAG